GAUACACAUGGGGGUUACACAGGGAAAAUAUUUAAAUUUCCUGCUAUAGUGCUGCUCGUGCAGCCCUUAAAAUCUGCACAUUUCCUGAAAAAUGGCAGGUGUCCUGCAAGUGUCCUGCAACCUACUUACAAAGGAUAGUGCAAUGUUUCCUGUAUAGUUUCCCUUACUAUUCCUGAAGAAGUUCAGGACAUGUGUAAGAUUCAUAAAGGAAAGUCUACAGGAAAUUUUGCACUAUCCUGAAAGUAUAGGAAAUUUAGAUAUUUUUCCUGUGUUAUGUGGAGAUUGGAGAUUAGACAUCUAAGUCCCUUAGGUAGGGAAGUAAUUUCAAGCCUAAUCACCACCUAUCCUCGGUAGGGGGGGGGUGAGGAAUUAUCGACAAGUGCAUGUGCCUCGAGGUGUAGCCGCAUGAGGGAUACGGUAAAGCUGACUGUGUGUGUGUGUAUGCGUGAGUGUGUAUGCGUGAGUGCGUGCAUGUAUUCCAGCUGUAACUACUCAACAGUUACAAUGUGACAAAAACUAACAGGCUUCUAGCCAUGUUCCCUUGGAUUUUGAUUCGUGGAUUUGCAAACUAAAGCUUUGUUCUCCAGUUAUGGCUACUGUAAAGGCUGUUGUAGUCUCUUCAGAAUCUUUCGCAACAUCAUCUGUUCCGUUCGUACAAAGUUUCUAACAAGAGUCAGAAAAGAGCUGCAAAGCUGUACUUACAGAAUUGCAGUUGCCAUUGCGAACUUUAAACUUAUUGCAGAUACACCCCCUUUUCCGCGCAUGAUUUAGAAGCCCUCAACCACUUGUAGUACCCUCGCUACGCUCGGGAUACUCAAUCAGUGCCUUUGGGCUUUUAAAUCCCAUAGACACCUCCAAAACAGUGUCUAACUAUUAUUUAGCUGCCCAGAAUGAGAAAAGAGCCUCAAAGUUGCACUGCCAGAGCAGAACCUUAACUUCUCCGCAGAUCCUCCCUCUUUUAAAUUAUUUAUUGACAGGAAAAUAAUGCACAAUUUUUCUCUCCUUCAAGAUCUUCAGCCAUCACACUCAUUCGUGGUCAAUCCUUGAAAAAAACCUUGAAAAUUUAGUGCCUUGAAAAUAACCAGCUAUACUGUACUUCAGCCGCGACCCCAAAUUAAUUAUUACCUAUAAUGUUCCGUUAUACGGUGCAUUUACAGUUUAUUUCUGUAUAGCAAAGGGACAAAAUACUGAAACUAGAGUACUGAAGUGCUAACCCUCGGCUGUUUACAUGAAUGCAGUUGUAUGAAGCAUGGAAGCUGGCUGAGUAGCAAGUAACAUGAGCAAUGAGACUCUAGAGGCAUGCUGAAACGUUUGAAAAUGGAGAUUUGGUAUGGAUGAGACAUGCACUGUGGACUAUUAGUCUUAGAAAUAAUUAUGGCUCCUAGUAUCUCCUGGGGCUAGGGGCAAAGAACCAAGAAUCAUAAUUCUAGCUUUCUACUUUAGGUACCCUUUUCCAUUGUUCCUGGUACAGGAUCACUUCAACUGUAAAUACGUACCUCGAAUAAAGGACACCUGUAAGCUAGAGGCCAACGUGCAAGUUCGCUUUGUUCGCUUUUAUUCGACAACAAGGCUUUAAUAUCGAAAGCUGCCACUAUUUAAAAGUACUAACUUGUGUGGAGGCUACCCAUGCUGUAAACGCAGCCCUAUAGCAUUCAGGUAAGCAGACCCAGUCACAAGCUUCUUAACUUUUAUACGACAACGAAGCUUUAACAUCGAAAUCUGCCACUUUUAAAACUAAUAACUUAUUGUGUGGAGGCUAUCCAUGCUGUAAACGCAGCGCCAUGGCACCCAGGUGAGUAAAUUCACCAGUCACAAACAAACAAACCAACGGACUUCUAUACCCGUGGCCGCCCACGCGCGCCACGGGUAAUAAGGCUGUGAAGUAUUUGGUCUCCUAAGUACCAGUUAACUACAGGAAGUGUCUGUAUUUAUGUAUGACAAGAAGUCAGCAGAGUAUGAGAAGAUGCCAAAGAAACAUAGAGAGGCUGUGUUGUCUAUGCUUAGGAAAGGUCCCAUUCAACUAGCUCGCCUCAAGCACCCAAGACUUCUGACCAUACAGCACCAGUUAGAAGAGUCGAACGACACUCUUGCAUUUGUUACUGAGCCUGUGGUAGCAAGUCUUGCAAAUGUUCUUGGGCAGUAUGAAAACGUGCCUACCCCACUCCCACUUGCAUUAAAGGAGUACGAGCUACAUAUUGUUGAGAUCCAGUACGGCAUCCUGCAGUUAUCAGAAGCUCUAGAUUUUCUGCACAGUGAUGCUAAAAUGCUCCACGGAAACAUCACACCUGAGUCUGUAGCCGUUACUUCUAAAGGCUCUUGGAAACUUAUGGGCUUCAAUUUUAGCUCGUUUUCACAGUAUCAGUCUGAAGCACAGGUACAUGUGUCAUUUUCAUUUCGCGAGUGGGACUCCCGUAAUUAUGUGCUCACCAAUCCCUGUUUGGACUACCUUGCUCCGGAGUAUAUCCUCAGCAAGUCAUGUAGUGAAACCAGCGACAUUUUUUCACUUGGAAUCCUUUGUUUUGCUGUUUAUAAUAAAGGCAGGCCACUGUUCAGCAGCCACAAUAAUGUCCUAAGCUUCAAGCAUAAUGCGGAACAAAUUAGCCGAAUAACGGAAUCCGCCUUGACCAACGUUCCUAUGAGUUUCAAGCCCUCUGUGAGAAGUAUGUUGGCCAUAGAACCGGCAGUUAGACCAGAUGCACUGCAAAUUUCCAAGAACGAGUUUUUUGAAGAACCAGCAGCCAGUACUCUGAAAUAUCUGGACAUGCUGUAUCAGAGAGGUGAUAUGGAGAAAUCUCAAUUUUUCAAGAAUAAACUUGCUCGAACUCUUCGAUUACUGCCCCAGAGAGUUGUACAUCAACGUGUCCUGCCAGCUUUAGCAAGGGAGUUUCGUAACCAUAAGAUGGUACCAUUUGUCCUCCCACUGGUACUCCUCAUUGCAGAGGACUGCAGCAUACAAGACCAUGAAACUCUCAUCAUGCCCAUCCUUAUUCCAGCACUUGGUAUUCAGAACCCUGUUCAGGUACCACUGAUACUUCUCCAAAAUAUGGAACAAAUUCUGAAGAAAACUUCACAGGACAAUGUAAAAGCGCACAUCUUGCCAAUGAUCGUCAUAUCUUUGGAGGCUGAGAAUAGUCAACUGCAAGAAUUGUGUGUGAGCAUCCUCCCCACCUUUGCCAACAUGGUAGACUACUCCAGCAUGAAACAUUCCAUCAUCCCCCGACUUACAGCACUAAUUCUUUCCUCCAGAGAAUCAUCGCUGGUGAUCAAGUGUCUAGUGUGUCUUGGGCAGAUGUUGGACCUGCUGGACAAACACAUCGUCAUCGAUGUGUUAAUACCAACGUUAGAGAGCAUAUCAAUGAGAGAACCCGGGGUGCUAAUGGCGAUUUUGGGUAUCUACCAUGAAACUCUGAAAAAAAAGAAACUUGGAAUUGACAAGACUAUGCUUGCAGCUAGAGUGAUCCCGUUCUUAAUUCCUCUCUCGAUUGAGCCUACUUUGAAUGUGAAACAGUUUAACCAGUUUGUGUUGGUGAUUCGAGAGAUGUUGGUGAAAGUAGAGACCGAACACCAAACCUACCUCGACCAUCUUUCUAAAAUGGAAGAACAAACAAAGUCUACAGUUGCUUUUGCUCGGGAGGUUGCUGAACAGAAAGCUAUGGACGAUGCCAUUGAUAAGAUUGAAGAUAUUUUUGGUGCAGAUAAGUCCCAACAUGUAGCAGGAACUACUUCUACACCUGUCUCCACAAUAACUUCACAAGGGGGCUCAAACGAUUUGCUUGGAGGUUUAAUGAGUAAACCGUCACAAAAUAAUAUAUCUAUGGCAGAAUCAGCUUCCCAACAAUCUACCGGCAGAGUUAUAAGCUUUGAAAAUCAACCACCAGCUUUAGAAAUCUGGAAGUCGUCACCAGCUACUUUGCAACAAGCGUCCUCAUCAUUGAAACCUAGUAACUAUGCUCCAUUAGUACCAGAAAACCGCGCUGCUCCUAUCUCACAGAAUUUGUUUACCAACGAUCAAUUUUCACCGGUGAGCUACACGGCAGCACAGCGUAAACCUCAACCAGGAUCUCGUAUGCCAGUCAAUCAGUCAUCACAAGGCGACUUUCUACAGCGGUCUAGUGGUAAUAACUUAAUCAGUGGGACAAAGAGCUAUCUGUCAGCUGGAACGAAUGGUGAUUUGCUACAGCCAACAAUCAGCAAUCGUCACAUAAGCGGAAAUGUUGUACAGCCAACAAAAAAUGUAGUUGUUGGUAUGCAAACCAGCUAUCCACAACAUGGAAACCGACCUCAAGAUUCUACCGCUCAUGGAAUCAAGCAGCAGCAGCAGCAACCACUAGUUCCGAUGCAAACAAACUCACCCACAAGUAUGAGCCAUAUGGGUUGGUCAUCGUCUAUUGGGAACGUUAGUUCAACAUCACAAAGAGAAAGCAAUACUAGCUGGCCUGCCAAUAUGGAUAACAGUGUCGGUUUACGAACCGAACAGCUUCGAGAUGGACAAUUAUUAAACAACAUGUUGGGACAGAGCAGUCCGAUGGGAGGUGUACAGCAUAAUAUGACAGGCAACUAUCAGCAGAGUAAUACUGGAACUGGAUUGGGACAUCAUAGUAGUAUGAACUGGUCUUCUAACCCUGUAGGGGCCUCUAUGAUACCUCAGAGACAGCCCGAUGCAAGCAAAGCUAACCCCUUUGCGAAUUUGAGCUUUUUGAGUUAGUUCCAGUGAGUGUAUACACACUACAGUUAUUUUUGUGACAUGUAAGCAAGUUUUAGUUGAAACAGUAUCGUACGUACAUGUGUAGUAGCAAUUACAAGCAUAAAUAAUAGUUAUUAGAGUACUAUUACACAGUGAUAAUUACUACACACACAAGUUCUGUAUCCAAUCACGUACAUAUUCUAGUUUCUUGUCUGUGGUGAAAA